GCACCACCUUAGUGGUUUACGUAAUAGAACGGAAGUUUGAUCCAUUAUUUCAUAUGAAAGAACUAGUAAAAAUUGCCCUACCAGUCCACAAACCUAAUGAAAAUGAAUUCAUUACAUUUAUAGAAAAAUUAAUUACGGUUAGCGAAUUAUUAAAACAAAGUUUAGAUGAUUUAUCAAUUAUUGAAGAUUUACUUUGUGAUAAAGAUGAAUAUAAUAGUAGUGGUGAUGAUUCAGAUUUAACUCUAUUAUUUACUGAAACAAUGAUGAA